CCCAGAUUCCCUAGUUACUAUCUCUAAGCCCUGGAGUUGGCGCUUGCAGAAGGGAUUCAGGCACAUCAGAGUUUUGGCUUUGUUGAAAAAGCAGGUCAAAAUUUAACUUUUCUCUGGUGAACAAGUGUACAGAUUGUGACAUAUGUCAGUCCAAGAAAUCAAUAAACAUACAGUCCUCCCUCCUAUCAUUAGUAGAAGUGACAAGGAAUUUUUGGAAAGUAUGCAAAGAUACAUUGUUACAGAAACUGAAAGAGUGGGCUGUAAUGAGGAAGGACCUGCUGAUGAAUAUUACAUCAUAUACCGAAAUGUUUUUGAUAAGGUAAUAGAGUAUGUCACUGCAUACAAAUGCAUUCUUACUUCAAUCAAAAAAGAAUAUGAUGCCUUUAUUGAGACACUAAAGAAAGACCGAAGAACUACAAUUUUCCUUCAUAGAAGGCUUAAAGUUUUGGCAGCAGAGCCCACGGCUUUGGUAUAUCAUAGGAAAAGAAUAAUCCAACUUGAAGCAAAGAUGAGGAUUAUUGAAAAUAAUUCCUCAAAGAUUCAAUCACAGAUAGAUAAAGUGAAAGAGCUUAGGGCAGAGUAUGACACAUCAAAAAUAAAAUAUACCUUAUCCAGAGAUCCUUCAAAACCCAUUCCAGGCAUGACUCUCCAAGAAUCGGUCAAUCUAGAUGCUCUCACUAAAUACAUGAAACAUCUUGAAAAUAAGUACUCAGAAAUUAAACAAGAUAUGUUGAUAAAAUAUGUACCAGCUCAGAAGAAGGCUGAUUUAGAUGAGGAGAUGAUCGUGUUGUUAAAACGGCGAGAUGUAUCUGAAAACCUGAACAAAGUGUUACAGUUUCGCCAUCAAAAAAUGCAAUUAAUCUCAUAUGCACUUACUUCAUGGGUAAAAUCUGGUAUGAGCAUUUCAUUUCAAGACUUUGUGGUGCACAUUCAGAAAAGCAACAUUUUAUUUGGUGAACAAGGCAUUGUAGAGGAAGUGCUAGAAGAUGAUCCAAGCCAAGCAAAAGAAGCUGAAAUUACACUUUACUACAUUGAAAGGUUUAAUGAAUUACUUGCACUUGGUGAAUAUGAAACUGCAGCUUAUUUUGCAGCCAACAGUCCUAGGAGAAUUCUAGGAAACAUUGGUACAAUGAAUAAAUUGAAGGCUGUUGGAAAAUUAAAAGGGAAGCCUCUGCCAUUACUCAUAUUUUUUGAGGCCCUCUUUGUGACAAGUCAUGCUUUUAGACAUCCUGUUGGUGCAGACCUUACCCUGGAAGGAAUCAAAUGUGGAUUAUCUGAAAAACGAUUAGAUUUAGUUAUCAAUUGGGUUACCCAGGAAAGGCUGACGUUUUGUGAGGAGGCUGGGGAUGUGAUUUGUGAUUAUGGGGAGCAGGAUACUUACAAUAGGGCUAAGUGCCUGGCUUUAGCUCAAAUUAUCUACAGUGUAUGUGGCCUGCACAAGAAAGUUCUUCUUUGCCUGUGUAAACAGGGUCAAAUUUAUGGGGCGAUGGAAUACAUACAGCAAUACAAGUACUUUACUUUUGAUGAUCUGAUACAGGUAAUAACAUUGUGUCCCCAACCUGAAUUAAUCCAAUGUCUCACUAAAGAAUGGAAUGGAAAACCACCACUUUUAUCUUUUGGUCUGGCCAUACUACAUCUGUUCUCUGUAGAUAUGAAAAAAGUUGGCAUCAAACUACUUCAAGAAGCAAAUAAAGGUGGGAAAGAUGCAGUAAAACAUCUUGUGUUAGAUGAUCCAUUUUGUUCCCUAGAAAAGUGGCAAAAAAUGGCAGAUAUAUGUUUACAGAAUGGUUUUGAAAGAUUAUCUAAUGACAUCAUAUCUAUUCUUCGAUCUCAGGCUGGAGUUAUUGAAAUUUCUGAAGAUGAUACGGUCAACUUAAUGGAACAUGUUUUUUGGUAGUUCUGUAUCUAAACCAACUGAGGGAGCUUGUACAGCAUUUUAUGUAUGUUGUUUGGGCAAAAUGUUUGUAGCAUAACUAACAAAUAAAGCUAGAGUAUGAAGCUCUCAGAAAUAAAUCACACUUCUGAUGUUAUGAUGACAUUUAGAUUUGUCCUUGAAAUGUUUAUACCAUUGCUUCCUUUUCUCCAUUUAGUCAUUUCUUUUUUUUUUUUAUUUAGUCAUUUCUUAAUAUUGAAUCUUGAUAAAAUCCAAGAUUAUAACUGUGAAAAACAGUGUAGGCGUUUUUUCAUCUAAAGGCACAAGCUAAUGUCCAGAUAUAUUCCUUGGCGUUCUAAUUUGAUAACAAGAACUGAGGAAGGUGUGGGUAGUAUCCUGUUAAACUGUCUUCCCAAACUUCAAAUGCUACAAGCCUGACUUGCCAAGAAAGCUUGGACUCUGGAAAAAACCCUGAAGGAUAGUUAUUUUGUAUCUCUAAUUUAAAGAUGUGCCUCAUGCUUCGAUAUAUAUAUAAAUACAGCAAAGGUUAGGCUUCUACUAUAAAAGUUGGGACUCCUUAGCCAGGCGUUGUGGCGGGCGCCUGUAGUCCCAGCGGCUCAGGAGGCUGAGGCAGGAGAAUCGCAGAAGCCCAAGAGCUAGAGGUUGCUGUGAGUCCUGUGACAUCACGGCACUCUACUGAAGGCGGUAAAGUGAGACUCUGUCUCUACAAAAAAAAAAAAGUUGGGAUUCUUGGCACGUUAUUACUUAGGGAGAGGAAUAGUAUUCAAAAUAUUUAGUGAUUAUCACGACACCAGUCAAACAGAACAGAUACUGAACUACACAAAACAGACAUCACAGACCCUUAUGCCACACCAGAGCAUACCAACUGAGUAUCAGCCUUGACCAAGGAACAUGAGGAGCUACUGUUAGAUCAAAUAAGAAGAAAGAGCAUACGUCUCCCCAUCCUAAAUGUAAAUUCAAUGUGAUUUAUUUUAUAGUGAAAUAAAUACGAACUUGGAGUCAGACAGCUACGUAUUAAAAUUCUGGCGGUGGGGAGGGGAGAAGGGGGGAUUGGUGUGCUCUCGCCUAAUGGGCACAAUGUAGUCGUAUGUGGCUCACCUCCUGGG